CAUAUUUAUGGAUUGUUGUCCAUAUUAUCUCAAAUACAUGUUACGCCCACUCGUUCGUACAAGUCUAUAUACUCAUCCUCGUCAAAUCACUAUCCUAAAUAAGGAGGUUGCAUCAACAGAAAACAGCCGUCACUUCCAAAUUUCAUUUCGUCGAGUCAUAACAGCUGCGAAAAUGUGUACCGUCGAGCGUAUCACUCUAUUCAAUAUCCCCAAGGAAGAGGAUCGCACGCGUCUGGUUGGGGAAUAUAAGCAGCUUGUCAAGACUGCUGUCAAGGACGGUAAACCAUAUAUUUCCAACGUCUCCUUUGGUCCCGCAUUCCCCGAUCCGCGUAGUCAGGGCUACAAUUUCGGCGUCAAAACAACCUUUGCGACAAUGGAGGAUAUGAAGUUCUAUGACCAUGAGUGUCCGGCGCAUAAAACGCUAAAGGCUUUUCUCGCCGAUGCGAAGGAGGGUGAUGUGUUGACAGUGUAUUAUGAGAAUGCUGCAUGAUCAUAAUAUCCUACGAGCGAUGUGGGCGCGUGGGCGGGUCGGUUUCAAGAUCGUUCGGCGAUUGUUCUUUCAAUAGAAGCUGUUUGUAGUCGCGAUCCCUUUUAGCAGUCGCUCACUCCAAUCCAACAGGUUCCGGCCUCGACGCAAAUAUAAUCUUGUAUUUAAUCACGUCCACAAUCUCAAGCUCAUCUUGUCCGCCGUUACCGCCUCCAGUACCAUUCUCAUCCUGCAUCUUUGUAAUUGGUCGUCGCUGUAUAACAGCCAAUGGUUUAGCCAAUUUCUUCACUUCACCCGUCAUACGCUGAUAUCGUCCAGCGUACAAGUAGACACGUUUCAUCCAUUUUGUACUUUCUGGGUCGAGGUCAGAGUAAUCCGGGAACAUGAUUUUGCCGAGUUCUGUUUCGAUUAUUUUUGUUUUUGUAUUUUCUUCCUCAGUUUGUGUAUCCAUGUC